AUGGCGACUCCCGCCGCGAAGCCCAAUGGCGCACCCGAAACGAAUGGCGACCGACCGGCUGCGCGGAAAUUCAAGGCCUCUGACCUCCCAUUGCCGUCCGCGACGCGUGGCGCCAUCGAGUCUCUCGCACACAGUUUCAAGAAGGAAGGCGCCUACGACUCCAUCCGCAAACAAGUAUGGGACAAGUUUGCGGCCAGUGACUACGAGGCGCAAGUGACGAAAGCGAUACUCGAGGUAGCCGAGAAAGAAGUCGAGCGAAACCCACAACAGCUUCUGACUCUGGACCGACGGAAGGCGGCCGCGCUCAUUGAUGGCGCCCUGGAACGCUCUGGCGUCUAUCACAAGGCUGAAGAUGUCAUUGGAAAGCUCAUAGAUGUCGACGGGAUCGAGGAGCGCAUUCGCGAAAUCAGACGUGCAGAUAUCGGCGAGGAAGCAGCCUCGGCAGAGAUGACGCGGGGAGCAAAGACAGACGACGAAUACGCUGCCGACACAGAAGCACGGAGAGCCGAGCGCGAGCGCAUUCGAGAGGAGCUCAAACAGAAAGAAGCCGCGAUUGAGGAAGAGAAGCGACGCAUCGCCAAGGAGGAACAGCGCAAGGAGGAGAGAGAGCGCGAAGAGGCUGAGCUUAAGCGGCAAGCCGAGCGCGAUGAACGGCGGCGCAAGAGAGAGCUGGAGAGGGAAGAGCGCGAGAAGCAGCGUGACAAGGAAAGAGAAGAGCGACACAAGGAACGUGAGCGUCGAGACCGAGACCGAGACCGCGAGCGCGACAGGGAUCGAGAGAGGGACAGGGAUCGCCCACGAGACCGAUCACAGUCCCGGUCCCGCUCCAAGGACAAAGAGGCCACGUCCGCAAAGCUCAAGGAGAAGCUAUCCAAAGAAGACAACGAUAGACUGGAGCAAGAAGCCCUCGCCGACCUUCUCCGCGAGAGCACGUCCGUUAGGAGGGACGAGCUGGAGGAGUGGAAGCUUGAGGAGGUCAAGAAGCGCGAGAAGGAGGCCAAGGCAUAUCUGGCGGCUCAGAAGGACGCCAGAGCAAAGGGAUUGCCAGUGCCCGGAGAAGAGCAGUCGCGGUUGGAUCAGCUCGAGGGCAAGCUAGACUCGGUGCUGAAUGCCAUGAGGGACAGCGCCGAGCAGUCAGCCCUGGAAGCUCCAGCGCAGAUUCCCAGAGUGCAGUUUCGCCCGCAUCGCCUUCAGAGCAAGCUGCGGACGAAUCAGAUUGGCAGCAAAGGUAGUUGGGAACCCCUUCUCGCCCAAGUUCAACGGCCUAUUUUCGUGAAACUCAUUAACACGCUGCCCAGCGUCUCAUUGCCAAGAAACAAGGUCGAAGCCGUGGUGGACCGUUUCCUAUCUCAAGGAGACUGUCUCUCUGCCCUCGUGUUCCUGCAGGACUGCCCGCUGGGAUCCCUGCAAGAUGAGGAUUUACUGUACUCUGUCUUUGCAUUGGCAACUGUAUCGGCUGAUCAGCCGACUAUACGACAAGCCGGUGAGGAAUGCAGAAGCUCGGCCUUGUCCAUUGUCGUAAAGCGCAUCUCAGCCGGAAAGGUGCAGGCGGCUACGCUGCAAGCCCUGUGUGUGCUGACCUAUGCGGACCUUGUCUGUGGCAUGGUGGACCGGGCAGAUAUGCUUGCGUCGAUGGCUGUGAGCCUUUGCGAGACAGCCGGUAUCAUCGUCGAUGGCCACCUCAAUCAAGAGCUCGAUUUGAGCGACCAGCUGCACGGGUGCUACUGGAGUCUCUACCUCAUGGAAAAGAUGCAUAACUGCGGUCGGGCCGGCCUACAGUUUCCCACCUCGAACAAACCCCGAUACCAGUUCCGCUUCGCCCAAGACACGCCUCGCCCACUCAACGGCCCAGACAACUCUGGCCCUCAGGGGAACUACAUCUCGGUCCUCACUCCGGGAACGCACCCGCAGUGCCCCGACCACGGCAUCAUGGCGUACGCGGCCAAGGUGGCGGAUAUUUGGGCCAGCACCGUGCGGUUCUGCCUCGGGCGGAGCGAGUCCGACAACCUCCCGCCAUGGGCUCCCGGAUCGACCUUUGUCAAGAUCACGUCGCUGCUGGUGGACUUUGAGACGUCGAUCCCGCCGCAGCACCGCUUCCACUUUGCGAGGUUUGCGGAUCGCUCGACGCCUGAGCUUCAGCAGCAUGCCAGCUACUGGGGGUUGUUUCUCUUCAAGCAGUUUGCGUACCACACGAUAUUCUGCCUGUUGAACCACCCGGUAUUGGUGUCGGUGCGGCUGAAGAGGGCAUCUGUCGCAGCGCCGUACUCGGUUAUUCAAGGCUGCACGGAGCAGCUGAGAGUGCAUAGUGACUGGAUCGUCCACUUCAUCGACAUGCUCUCAGAAAGGGACAUUUCCGUUGCGAAUGCCUUCCUAGGAUACUCGGCGUUGAUUGUGGCGAGUGCUUGCCUGCCCCAGGCGCAGUGCAUCGAGCAUGAGCCAACGCAGAGGCUCCGAAACAAGUUUAACAAGUGCUUCGAGUUUGCUCAAGGCCUGUCCAAACAGUGGCCGGUUCUGGUCAAUAUGGUAAGGCCGAGGUCCUGA